AUGACACAUCCUCUGCUGAGCAAGCCAAUUCUGCUCCUGGAUGGCGGACUGGGCACAACGCUUGAAGACGAACACGGCAUCAGAUUCUCGUCUGCAACACCGUUAUGGUCGUCUCAUCUUCUAGUUGACAACAUUGUAACCCUCCAAACGGUCCAGCGAGAUUUUGCAGAAGCAGGAGCGGACAUUAUUCUCACUGCCACCUAUCAAGCAAGCUUCCAUGGCUUCAAAAACACUAGGGUUGCAAGUGAGGACGGUAUUGGCCGAGAUGAGGCGACGAGAUAUAUGCUCUCGGCAGUCAGAAUUGCUCGGGAAGCCUUCAACGGACGACCAGGCGUGGUGGCUUUGAGCUUAGGUGCAUACGGGGCUACCAUGGUUCCUAGCACUGAAUACAGUGGAGAAUACGGUGGAAUGACUGAAGACGAUCUUCUCAACUUCCACCUCGAAAGGAUCUGGUGCUUUGCGGGUAGCGAGGAGUGGAAGGAGGUUGAUCUCAUCGCAAUCGAGACGCUCCCGCGAAUCGAUGAAGUGAGAGCGGCAAGGAGAAUGAUGCAGAGAGUACAGGACAAAGAAUACUGGAUAUCCUGUGUCUUCCCAAAUGAUUCUGAGAAAUUGCCUGAUGGGACGGGAGUCGAAGAAUUGGUCGAGACUAUGCUGAAAGGAGAGCGAACUCCGUACGCAAUCGGUAUCAACUGUACAAAGGUCUACAGAGUCGCUAGCUUGAUUAGGAGGUUUGAAGAUGUCGCUAAAGUGCAUAAUCUAGACCUUCCACGGUUGGUCCUCUAUCCAGAUGGCGCUGGCGGAAGGCAGUACGAUACCAAAUUGCAGCAGUGGAUUGGCAAUGACGAGGGUCAAUUGCCAUGGGAUCAGCAAGUAUUCAGCAUUGUCAAGGAGGUCAAGGAGAGAGGCCGAUGGAAAGGAAUCCUUGUGGGUGGAUGCUGCAAGACAACACCAGGGCAUAUUAAGAAGCUAGCUGCGAGACUUGGAGAAUUGAUAUAA